AUGAAUUAUAUAUUAAUUUUUUUGCUGAUAGGCUUUGCCUCUUGUUAGUGUUAAGAUGGGUAUAUAUGGACUAAUACGGGAUGUAAAUGUAAUUUAGUGUUUUUAUAUUAAGUAUGCCAAAGCCUUUGUAGUUCAUGUACGAAUGGGUAAUGUGAUUAAUGCCCUCCUUCCUAUUAUGGUGACUCGACUCAUUGCUAUAGUAAUCAUUUAAAUAAGCUAGAUUGUAAAAUUGGAUGCUCUACUUGCACUGAUUAUUAAGUUUGCACAUCAUGUGAAUCUCUGUAUUACUUCCUUGUAUAGAAUACGUGUUAAAAAUGCACUUUUCCUUGCGUAAAAUGCGAUCCCUAAGGAGCUUGUUUAAGUUGUGUUCCUGGAUACAUGGUAGUGGGAAAUAAUUGCUUGCAAUGUCAAAGUCCAUGUAUGUAGUGUUCUGGAGAAUUAUAUAAAUGCACAUCUUGUCAAUAAAGUCCUCCCCAAUAUUACUAUCUAAGUGCUCAAUCUUGUCUCUUGUGUGAAUUUCCAUGCGUAAGUUGCAUCUCAAAAAACAAAUGUACUUCUUGUAAUUAAGGUUACUAUUUGAAUUAUGAUCAAUACUGUACUAAAUGUAUUGAGCCUUGUUUGGAGUGUAGUAGUCAAACAAGAUGCUCGAGUUGCAUUAGUGAAGUAUAUUAUUUAGCCCCUGGCGAUAAUUAAUGCCAAAUUUGUAGGAAUUUUGAUUCCAAUUGUUUAACGUGUAAAGCUGAACACCAAUGCACUUCAUGUGAGACUGGUUACUUUGUUUAAGAAGACUACAGGGGUUCAUAAUUGAUUUCGACAUGUCAACCAUGUUCGUCAUAAUGCCUAACUUGUUCUAAUGAUUCAAAUGAAUGUUUGACUUGUAACAAUGCCUUUCAACCACCAAAUUGUAAACAAACUUGCAGCUCAUCACAAUUCCAAGUUGGCAUAUUAUGUUAUCCUUGUGCAAGCUAAUGUGACACCUGUGAAUUAAAAUCUAUUUAAUGUUUAAGUUGCUCUUUGAAUAGAAUAAGCCCUCCAUUAUGCACAUGCAAGGAAACCUACUUUGAUUUCAAUGGAGUCUGCACUCCUUGUAUCUCCAAUUGCAAAUUUUGCUUCAAUCCAGUCUCUUGUUCGAAAUGCUCGGAUGGAUAUUAUUUAUAAUCAAAUGUCUGUGUUUAACAAUGUGAUCCUCUUCAUUAUAUAAGAAGAGAUUUCAGCUGCAUUUACUGCAACAUCAAUAAUUGCAUUGAAUGUAACAUCAAUGGCAUUUGCGAUUAAUGUAAACCAAAUUACCUGUUAUACAAUAAUCAAUGUUAUUUCUAGUAGUGUAAUUAAGGAUAGUACACUAUCGAUAAUGAAAAUUGUUUAAACUGUCAUUAUAAUUGUUAUAAUUGUUUAAAUUAGCCAGAUAAUUGUGUUGAAUGUUAUAAUGGUUAUUACCUCCUAGAAGUUAACCAGAUAAAUAAUUGUGUUGUUGAAUGUCCAUUAAAUUAUUAUGUACAAAAUAAAUAAUGUUUAAAAUGUAACUCCAAUUGUUAAUAAUGUUUGCAGGAGAGUGUGUGUACUUCAUGUGUUGUUGGAAAGUAUCUACUAAAUAAUAGUUGCCAACAGAACUGUCCAAUCUCCUAUUAUGAAAUAGACUAAUAAUGUUUGAAAUGUCCAAAUUAUUGUGAAGUGUGUUAUGAUCAAUACUGUUACAAAUGCUAAGUUGGAUAUUUAUUCUUAUAAAAUUCCUGCUUAGAAUAUUGUCCAGAUGGUUAUUAUGGAGAUACCCACUCAGAAUGCAAGCCAUGCUAAAAAAUAUGUAAGACUUGUGCAAAUGAUCAUGAAUGCAUAUCUUGUGCUGCACCCUUAUUCUAUGAAAAUAAUACAUGUAUAGGAAAGUGUCCAAUCACUUAUUACAGAGACCUUGUGGAUAACAUAUGCAAAUAAUGUAUAGAUGGGUGUGAGAUUUGCGAGAAUGAAACAUUCUGUUAUAAAUGUUUGCCAAAUUAUGCUGCAUUUAAAAAACAAUGUGUGAUAGAAUGCGAUAUUGGAUAUUACAUAGAAGAUUAAUAUUGUAGAGAAUGUGAUUUCAGUUGUUACACUUGUCAUGGCCCAACAAAGUUUGAUUGCACUCUUUGUAAGUAUGAAUUGAAAGUGUACAAAUCAAUGUGCAUAGAUGAAUGUCCUAAGAACACAGUCUUAAUAGAUGGACAAUGCAAAGAAUGUCAUGAGACUUGCGAUACUUGUUAUGACUCUGGCAACUUGAAUUGCUUAACAUGUAAAUCAGAAUAUAUCUUAUUAAAUAAUGGGUGUUAUGCUUAUUGUCCCACGUAAUACUAUAAAAAUAAGGGACAAUGCUUGAAAUGUUAAGACCAUUGUGAUAUAUGCAUUAACAAUUUGUCAUGUCUUCGUUGUGAGAAUAACUUCUAUUACAGUAAUGGUAAUUGUUUAUCAGUGUGUCCAAACGGUUACUAUGGAUAUGAUGGUAUCUGUGAGAAAUGUCACUUUUCAUGUGCAACCUGCAAUGGAGCAUUAUAAACUAAUUGUGUGACAUGUACACAACCUUUAGUUUUCUAUAAUAAUGAAUGUUUAUCGGGAUGUUUAAGUAGAAUGUAUAAGGAUGCAUCCAACAAUUGCCUACCUUGUAAAGACACAUGUGCAACGUGUACAAACAGUAAUAAUUGUUCUGAGUGUAUUUAUAAUUACUAUUUGGAUCCCUUUACAAACAACUGUGUCUUAUAAUGUGACGUUGGCUAUAUGCAUAAUUUCAAAUAGAGAGUAUGUUAAGUUUGUGCUACUGGAUGUUAAUCAUGUUUUGGGUAAUCGAACAAUCAAUGUUUAUCCUGUUUUCCCAAUUACUUUUUUUAUAAGAAUUAAUGUUGGUUGGAUUAAUGUCCAUAAUCAACAUAUGAGGAACAAGGUAUUUGCCUAGAAUGCGAUUAAGAUUGUAUGACAUGUGAUGCAUAAUCACCAUGUAUCAGUUGCUUGCCUGGUUAUUAUUAUUUUAAUUAGAAGUGUAUUCAAACAUGUCCAGAUGGAUAUUUUGGAGAUUAAAAUAAUAAGUAAUGCAGUUAAUGCAAAUAAAACUGUAGAGUUUGUUGGGAUGCUAAUGGCUGUGGUUAUUGUUACAAUCAUUACACUAAUAAUGGAUAAUUGGAUUAUUUCCUAUUGAAUAAUGACUGUGUUACUACUUGUCCUGUUAAUUAUAAUUACUUCCUAUUUGAAUGCACAUCCGAAAUCACUCCAAUCUAAUUAAUACAAGAUGUAGCACAGUAUUGUCAUGAUGAUUCGGGCACUUUCUUAGACAUCACUUAAAAUAAGUGUGUGAAAUGUUAUCAAACAUGUUAAAAAUGUUUUGGACCUUGGAUGGUUCACUGUCUCGAAUGUACAAAUCUGAUUGUCAAUCACUAUUGUGUGGAUACAUGUGGACUACAACUUUAUUAAAGUGGAAACAAAUGUCUGCUCUGUCAUUCUAGUUGCUAAUACUGCGAGUCCAACAAUAGAAUCGAUAAUUGUAUUAGUUGCAAAAGUGGAGCAUAUCUUUAAUUAGUAGAAAACUAGUCCUAUGGUAAAUGUGUUAACAUUUGCGAUGUCGGUUAUUACUAAGAUGACAUCAAUAAAGUCAAUGGUCAGAUCAUUUGUAAAUUAUGUAUAUCCAAUUGUCUGACUUGCUUAAAUUAAGGUUUUUGCACUUCCUGUGCUUAGCCAAAAGUAUUAAGAAAUGGAUCAUGUUUGGACAAUUGCAAUACAGAUGAAUUCUUAUCUAAAAUAGAUAAUAAAUGUUAUAAAUGUAAAGGAGGAUGUUCUACUUGCACAGAUGCCUAUUCUUGCACUGCCCCAUUGAUUGGUUCUUCGCAAACCUUAUAUCUAUAAAAUUAUCAAGUAUAUGCAAGCUGUGGAGAGGGAUACUAUGCAUAUUAGUUUAAUUGCGAAGAAUGUCCAACUGGUUGUUCAAUCUGUAGUGAUAGUAAUACAUGCACCAAGUGCAGUAGCUCUUAUGUUUUAUUUAAUUCCUAUUGUGUUGUCGGAUGUACUGGCAAAAGCUACUUUAAUAAUGGUUAAUGCUCACCAUGUCAUAAUAAUUGUUCACAAUGCUAUGGAGAUGAUGAAAACUCUUGUAUUUCAUGUGAUAAUGGAUUAAAAUACAUCUUAAUUUAUGAUAGCAUUACCAGCACUUACAUAACUUAUUGUAAAGAUUCUUGCAUCCAAAAUUACACUUAUGAUAUUCAAUAACGAAUCUGUAUGUAUAAUACUUGUCAUAGUUCCUGUUUGACAUGCGUAGGAGAUCAAUAAAAUCAUUGUUUUACAUGUCCUUAGGGCAAGGUGUUAAACCUGGUGAAUUAUAAGUAUGGUACUUGUGAUGGAUCAUGUUCUGUUGGAAUGUAUAAUGGCAAUGGCAUCUGUUAAAAAUGCAAUGAUUUUUGCUAAGAAUGCACAAGCUAUACUUCUUGCACUGUUUGUUAGCCAAAUCUUUAUCAUUUAAACAAAUAAAUAUGUUUAAUUUAAUGUCCCUUAGGAUAUUAUUAAAAUGUUGAUACUUUUACAUGUGAUCAAUGCGACUCUGAUUGCUAAGAAUGCAUCUACCCAAAUGUUUGUAUUAACCCUCUGUAAAUUUGUGCAUCCAAUCAAUUUCUUUUUCAAAAUACAUGUAUGGAUUGUCAUUGGACAUGUUUGACAUGUGAUGGACCAACCUAAUUCGAUUGUACAAAUUGUGGAUACUUAUAAUUAACUUCAGAACAUAGAUACAUGUACUAUACCUAAUGUUUACUACUGUGUCCAAAGGGAACUGACAAUUACAAAUGUUUAUAAUGCCAAGAAUAAUGUGAAAUAUGCUCCUCCAAUCAGGAGUGUGUUUCCUGCUUUAUAGGAUAUUUCUUGUAAAAUGGUGAUUGUGUUACCACUUGUAAUCAGGGGUAUUAUGCUGACCAGGAAUUUUAAAUUUGUAGAGAAUGUUUCACUGGUUGCUUAGAAUGCGUUGGACCAAGAUACUCAGAAUGUGUGCUUUGUUAACCCAAUUAUCUACUUUCAGAUAAUAGAUGUUUACCUUAUUGUCCAUACAAACACUUUUAUAAUUUCAUUUCAACCAAGUGUGAGUAUUGUGAUAGUUUUAUUUAUGGAAACUCAUGUGUAACUGAAUGUCCAUUGCAGUACUAUCCUAUUAAUAAUGUGUGUUAUCUAUGUAAUAAUAAUUGCACAAGUUGUCAAAGUGGUUUGUAUUUGUACCAAAAAACUUGUCUAUAAAAUUGCAUUACUGGCACAUUCAAUGUGAAUGGAGUUUGCUAACCAUGUGAUGUUUAAUGUCACACAUGUGAAUCCUAAUCAGAUUAUUGCAUAUCGUGUUCUAGUGUGACUCGUUAUAAUGCACCUUUUUGUGAAUGUUAAAUAGGAUAUCAACAAGACUCUCCAAAUAUGGAUUGCAUCAAAUGUGCUAAUUAAUGUCACUCUUGUGUUUAAACUUUUAAUAAUUGCAUUAAAUGUAAACCAGAUAGAGUACCUAAUCCACCUGCAUGUACUUGUCCCUAUGGUAAAUACGAUAAUGGUGUUAGUUGUGUUCCUUGUAAACAUGAAUGUGAUGAUUGUUUAACAAAUACCCUUUGUUUGUUUUGUAAAGGAGAUAGAGUUGGUGCUAAUUGUUUAUGUCGAUUGGGAUAUUACGAUGAUAAUUCUAGUUUAUACUGUAAGAAAUGUGAUCAUUCAUGUACUACAUGCACUAAGACUGGUUGUUUAGGAUGUUUAGGAAAUAGAAUUUUAAAUAAUAACAAAUAAUGUCUAUGUCCCUAGGGUUUUUAUGAAGAUGGCGAAUCCAUAAAUUGUCUUAAGUGUCAUUUCAAAUGUUCAACUUGUGCAGUCAAUCAAUAUAAUUGUCUAACUUGCAAAGGUGAUAGACAAUAAAUUCCAUACUGUAAAUGCAAAGAUGGAUAGUAUGAUGAUGAGGUUAAUACUGAAUGCUAAUCUUGUCCUAUAGAGUGUUCCACCUGUAAUAAGGCUAGUUGUUUAAAUUGCAAGGCCAAUAGAUUUGGUUCAAUUUGUGAUUGUCCACCAGGUGGAAUUGAUAGACAAGAUGUUGGAUAUAUGCAUUGCGAGACUUGUGAGUUAGGAUUACCAAUUAUUUAAAUGUAACUUGAUUUAACUACCUUGAUCAUCAAAUUUGGAAAAUAAGUCACUUUCGAUAUUGAGAAAGGAUGCUCUGAAAUCAUUGAUACAUCCAUCCUUGGUGUCAAUCCAAAAUGCAGUAUUAAUGAUUUAUCAUAAAUCGUUAUUGAAUUAGGAAUAAAUAAUUCAAUUGAAAUUGGAAACCUUAUCCAAUUAUAUACUAAAAUCACAGGGUUGGACUGUGAACUACCUUACACAACUAUAUUUCCAACUAAUAUCUAACCUCCUUACAUCAUCAGUGAUAGUGAUGUAAUGAUCUUUGGGCCUUCAUAAGUAUCAACCUGCGAGAUUACUGAAUUCAAGGUAUCUUAAUACUUUUUUGAUGGCCAAAAUGGAUUUAAAAUGGUUUCUUGGACUUUGGAUUCAAUUUCCCCUUACAAUUAACUUACCGAACAAUAAAUUUAUGGUAUUCUUUAUGAAGUCAAUCUUUACAAAUCCACUAUUGUCACCAUUCCUCCUAAUAUUUUACAAGAAAACACCCUCUAUAAGUUUAAAUAUUAAUUCAUUAAUUACUUAGGAUAACAUCAAACUAAAUAUUAUCAGGUUCAAUGUGUGUCUCUUAAUUUACCUGUCAUUUCAAUUUUAUUUGAAGAUCAACAACCUUAAGUCUAUUAUAUAAAUAAUCGAAUUUCCAUAAAAGCAACCAUUCAAUAAUAAUAAAAUUGUGACUCACUCAGUCGUAUUGAUGUAAAUACAUUUUACAAAAUUCAAGCCUAUUACAAAAACACAUUGAUUGUUUUGGAUAAGCAAUUUCAUUUCAAACAUGCUUCUGAAAAGUAUGUUGAAAUAGUUAUUGAACCCUACACAUUCUCCUAAUCAGGGUACUAUUAAGUUGUCGUGAUGGCUACAUUUGAUUAAUAAAAUAUUAAGUCAAAACCUAUGACUUUCAAAAUGCUAUUGCCUGGAAUUUCUGCCAAAAUCUAUGGAGGAAAUUAAAUCCAUAAUUUUGGGCAGUCUUUUAAUAUCACUGCUAUUGUAAAGGAUUUAAAUGUCAAAGAAUAACAGACUAAAGACAUAGAAUAUUCAUGGACAUGCUCUAAUAUGGUAUUACAAAAACCUUGUGAAACUGUUGAUUAAUAACCAUUGAUAAUGAUAAACCAAUAAAUCAUAAAAAUUAUAGGUAGAACACUGGCUCCAUUUAAUUCUUAUUAAUUUGUUUUGAAAGCACAAAAAGGGAAUGUCAUUGAAACUACUUCAAGUAUAAUGACGAUCGUAGAUAUAGAAAUUUCAACAUUUUCUCUGGAUACUCCAAGUAUUGCACUUAAUACUCCAAUACUGUUCAACCAAGAAUUGUUGUUUGAAGUUUCUCCUCUGCAAAUUACUAAUCUACACGGAUGCAUUAUUUAUGACUUCUAGCAAUUAUCAACAUUUUCUAUUCCUUAUAAUACUUUUUCAAUUUUCCUAUCUAACCUUUUACAAAUGAGACAAGACCAAAUAAGACUUUAGAUUUUUAGCACUGAUUCAAUAUCUUUAACUCCCCUUUUAACUAGUGUUGAUAUUACUACCAUUUAACCACCUUUAAAUUGUAAAUUCAAUGUAUCACCCUUAAAUGGAAUAUCAUUUUAGACAACUUUCAAAUUAUAAAUAUAAAGUUGUGUUGAUUAAAAUAAUCCGAUCUAUUACAAAUUUAUAUUCUAUUAUAAUUCUACUCAAUAUAAGUAAGAUAUCCUUAGGAAUUCUUAAAUAAAUGCAGACCUUAUUAUCGAUUAUUAAACACUAAACACAUAUUCCACGAUACUGCCUAAAUCAACUAAUUCACAUUCCAUAAUUAUAGCAAUUAUUAAAAAUUAAUUAGGGGCUCAAACUAAUUUAACCUAUUCUGUCAUCAUUGGACAGGAUUCAAAUGAAAUAAAUGAGAAAUUAUUACAAUCUGAGUCCGAGACCAACUCGAAUUAACCAAAGUCAUUAGAAUUUAAUAGAAGGUUCCUCUAUGAUGAUUUCGAAAGUAAUUUAACAGCUUUAUACUAUUAAUCAAAAGAUUUAAAUAUAGACUAACGCCUAUCCUUGUUGAAUAUUCUGACUAUUGGAAUUGAGUAAUACGCAACACCAUCUCAUCCUAUGGAUAGUAUGAGAUCAAUUUUAUACUCUGAUUUGUAAACUUGGUUAGAUUUACCCCUUAUAACAGAAGCUACAAGAAUGCAGAUAAAAAAGGCAAAUAAAAGAAUAAUAAUAAAUAAUACUAAUUAUUUAUAAGAUUUCAAUUAAAUUUAAAUUUAUUUAACAAAUCUAAAUUCAAGCUUAUCGAGAAGUAUUGAUAAUGUUUUAUUCAUCAUUAAUUCAAUCUCCUAAAAUUAAGCUGGAUACAGAGAUUAUUAAUAAAAGGAAAUUGAGAAAAGUGAUAUGAUGUAUCUAUUGUCUGCUCUUGAUUAUUUACUCAAAUCUUAAUCUAAUUUUUACUAUGAUUAUUUUAAUGGAAACAUUUCAUUAUUAAAUGAGACUAUGUAUCAAAGUAUUUCUAGCAAUUUUGAGUCCAUUGUAAACUUGUUAUAAAAGCUAAAAUAUGGAUUAUUAUUGGUCUAAUAAGUUAAUGAUGUUCCCAUUAAAUUUUCAGGGUCUUCCUUUACUCUAAUCUUUAACCGGCUAACAACAGAAAAGAUGAAUGAAUAUUUAAGUGAAAUUGAAUUUGUAAAAAUUGUUGAUAAACCAAUAGAUAACAGUACUCAAAUCUCCUAAAGUUUAUUGCUGAAUUUCAGUUAUUGUCAUUACUUAGAAAAUCCCUUUAUCUUAAAUCCCUCAUUUCCUAAUAACACUCAUUUUACAACAAUUUAAUCUAUAGAGCCUACUUUGCAAAAUGGCAGUCUAUUAAUCCCUACCUAACCAAUUACAACCAAAUACAAUGUUACUUUACUUAGACCUUAAAGACUACUUCAAUAAUAUCAAGACCUAUAUCUCAUGGAAGAAUAGCCAAAUUAUGUGGAUUUUGUUUGUACAAACAAGUAUUUCGCCGAAUGGGAAUCUAAUCUUUGCAAAACUUCAAUAGAAAUUGAUGCAUAUUCCUCCUUACUCAUAGCAUGUGAUUGCUAAUAUUUUGGUCCCACUACUAUUAGCAGUGUAUUGGCUGAUAUAUUGGAGGUUGAUAAAUUUUCCAAAUCUUUUUCUUUAGAGGCUAUUGAUGCUCUUAAUUAAUUUCCAUUUCAUCGUUCAGUAAUUUUCUAUUGCUUAGUAAUUUUUACUAUCAUUCUGAUCGUCUUGUUGCCUUAUGGAAUAAAAAAGGAUUAGAUUGAUAAGGAAAGAGCCAUGCCUCAACAUAUGAUUGAAUCAGAAUAUAUAAGAAAGAUGUUUGAGGAUCGCUAGAAGGAAUUGCAAAAAGAAACGGAAAAAAUAUAGGAAGAAAGACACAAGGAAUGGAAAGAAUUCUAUGAAAAAUAAAAUCUAAUUCAAAUUGUUAUUGAAGACAAAGAACAAAAGCAAUAAUCUUUGGAUAAGGAUGAAUAAAUAUAGGAAGUUAUUAUUUCCCCAGACAUAGACCCAGAUGAAAUGAUAGAUUAGCAAUAAUUAGAAUAAAGUGACAAUAGUAAUAAUAUCAAUUUGGACAUAAGUCAAGACAGUGAUGAGGAGUUUUAAUUAGAGGAAUAUCCGCCAAUCAAUAUUUCCAAAACGAAAAAGAAAAUGACAGCUCCUUCCCCUUAUGCUAAAUUCUUUUAAUUAAAAAGUGCAUUUUCCUUGAACAAUACAAUUGUCAAUAGACUAUAUUUGCAUAGUUCAUUAUAUGAAGAGAGCCUGUAAAAUCAAUAAAACUAAAAUUAAAAGAACCUCAUUCAUGAAAGACAUAGUUCAAGAAUUUAAUCAGAUUAAUUUUCAGUCAGAAAUUCUGAAAAUACCUAGUAGAUUAUACUAAAAAAGAGUUCCACCAAUUAAUCUAAAAAUUAUAAUAACUCUGUUAACAGCUAAGCUAAAAUAAAUGAUUAUCCCCCCUUAUCACCAAAUUCAGUUAGUCCAAUCGUGGGACUUUAUGAUUCUAACUAAAUUCUCUAACCAAAUCAAUUGGGUUAAUCUGGAUCACAAUUAGAGUCUCAUGUACACAGUAACAGUACUAAAACUGCUAAAUAUUAAAUUCCUUUUAGAAAAUCUCAAGAACAUAUUUUAUUUUUAGACCAUGAAUUUUAUGAAGAGGAUAACCUGUCAAUAGAGGAAAAAGAAAAAGUUAUUUAGAUUUGGUAUUUAGAAAAAAAAAGAAAUAAAUUAUUGGAAGAAGGGUUCAAACUUAGAUUUACAUUAAAGAAUCUAUUCUUGUUCUUAAGUUUGUUCCAAUCCCUUCUAAGCAUUAUUGCAAUCUUUGAUAAAAAAUUACCUCGGCCAAUUAGGUUUUGUUUAAUUUACAUGUCCAUCUUAACUGCGUGCUAUAUCAAUAUAUUCUUUGAAGUCGAAUUGAAUCCAGCAACAACCAUUGCUUAUAGCAUUCUUUCAUCUAUUUUAUCAAUGUUAGAAUUAAUAAUCCUCACAAUUAUGAUGCCUCAUUAAUACAUAAUAAUCAGAAUUAUUGGUUGGCUAGGCUUUUUAACAUUAACAGGGCUAUUUAGUUAUUUAAUAAUUGUAUCUAUGGCAUUUGAAGCCUAAGAAUCUGAGGGUGAUGUAUCAAGAUCUAAUUAAUGGGGAAUCAAUUUCAUUAUAAGUUUCAUUACAAUGAAUUUUAUUACAGACCCGGUUUAAUUGAUUGCGUGUUUCAAAAUAAUUUAAUGGAGUUUCAAUAACGCUUCCCCUUAGUUACAAUAAUUAUUUAUUAUGCUCUGCAUGAGUAAACAUUUUAAUAUUUACUUUGAUUUCAUAGAUUAUUGA